UAGAGAGAUCUGCGGCUGGCAGGCAGCCGUUUGCUGCUCUGCUAAGUUCGAGUUAGACAUGGCAUUCAGCGUUCGGGAGGCGACAGCGGAGGACGCAGUGCACAUUGCUCGAAUGAUUAAGGAACGGGCUGAAUAUGAAAACCUUUCCGAACAGGUCACCCAGACUGAGGAAGGUCUGAUACAAGAUGGAUUCACACAAGGUCCCUAUUACAAAUGUCUUGUGGCUGAAGUCCCAGCGGAUCGAGCCUGUCGAGGUAAUGGCCUGUUCUUCCCAGUCUCUUGACAUUGGCUGUGUUGC